GCGCAAGGUCUGGAAAGAGGGGUUGAAGGGGACUUGCUGUGGCACGAUAUGGGUCAAGGAAUGUGCUUCCGGCCCGGUACUUUCGAUGGUGUUGUCAGCAUUUCUGCAUUGCAGUGGCUGUGCAACGCCGACAAAUCUCAUCACGUUCCUAAGCAACGCUUGAAUAAGUUCUUCUCGACCCUGUACAGUGCUAUGAAACGAGGGGCUCGAGCCGUAUUCCAAUUUUAUCCCGAAACACCGCAACAAAUGGAGCUGAUUACACAGUGCGCUAUGAAGGCUGGGUUCACGGGAGGUGCUGUUGUUGACUACCCUAACAGUACCAAGGCUAAAAAGAUCUUCCUCUGUUUGUUCGCGGGUGUGGGUGCCCAAGUGCCUGUGGGUCUAGAAGGCCAGAGUGCGGAGGAGAGGAAUUUUAACUCAGUGACAUAUGUCGAGCGUACGAAAGCACGUGGCAAAGGGAAGCAGGGCAAGGAAAGGGGAAAUGUUAAGAACAGAGAUUGGGUACAGGCUAAGAAGGAACGAGCCAGGAAACAAGGGAAGGAAACCAAGCACGACUCCCGAUUCACAGCGCGACAACGCAAACCUAAAUUCUAAGUCAAAUAAAAUAUAGAGGCA